CUAUAAUUGAAAUGGCGCAUUUGGCUGCAGGCAGGUUGUGAGGGCGCUUUCUGCAGCAGCAUGCAUGCAUGUCCAUAGACGUCAUUUGAUUUUAAUGGCCUGCAGGAAAUUUGGCGUUACAACUCCAGACAUUAAGGCAAGAGAGGCAGAGAGGGAGAGAAGGGAGAGAAAGAGGGAGCGGGGACGAAGAGGGGGGAAAAUCGCCGCAUGAAAGAUAUUGGUUCAAGGAUAUCUCUUCAUUUUCAACAUAUUUUUCUGCUGAGACUUCAUCAACAAGUUAUUGCGCCUUUAUUCUGUGUUGCCUGAGUGGAGGACUAUGGCAGCCCGCCUGGCUUUAAACUUUAAAUUCAGGCUGGAGAUGGAGAUGGAAAUGUAUUCCUACUAGCUGGACUGCCUGGGGAACUAUUACAUCAGACGAAAUGACAAUGAUUAAAAUCUGCUUUUUGCUGCUCUAAAUCUAUUGAGCGACUGACAGUUGCCUGUUAGGUUUUCCUGCCCCCACUAAAUCACAACUUCACACCGUUAAGGGGAACGGUCUACUUUAGCCGGAAAAUAUAAGAUAAGUUAUUAUAUCUGUGUAGUCAUAAUUUCGGGAAUAGAGGGGGGGGGGUAUCACGUUUUCUUCCUUGAGAAAAUUGCCUGGGCGAGAGAGUGGAGUUGAGCUAAUUGUAGCCUAAUCCCUGGCCCAGAGGCGCUUGGGCAGCCCGGAGCAAGAAUUUUCUUUUUUAGCUCCGCUCUGUUAUUUAGAGAAGGAUUAUUGGCUUUCUUCUUCUCAUAACAAACCACAGGGGCAGUUUCAUUUAGGCAAAAAGGCAGACAAGAAGCCGAAAUACGAAGCAAGAUUCCAACAAGAGCGCACAUUUUUACGCGUAUCCAAAUAAGAGCAGAGAAGGGGAAGGAGAUCAUCUCAUCUAUGUUCAAGGAGGGAAGAAGCAUGUCACGGCUGUCUCUGACCCGGUCCCCGGUCUCUCCCCUGGCCGCUCAGGGGAUCCCUCUGCCGGCUCAGCUGACCAAGGCGAACGCCCCCGUGCACAUCGAUGUCGGGGGACACAUGUACACCAGCAGCCUGGCGACCCUCACCAAGUACCCAGACUCAAGAAUCAGUCGUCUGUUCAAUGGCACCGAGCCCAUCGUGCUGGACAGCUUGAAGCAGCACUACUUCAUAGAUCGAGACGGCGAGAUAUUCCGCUACAUUCUCAGUUUCCUCAGGACCAGCAAAUUGCUCCUUCCAGAUGACUUCAAGGACUUCCACCUGCUCUACGAGGAGGCGCGCUAUUACCAGCUGACGCCCAUGAUAAAGGAGCUGGAGCGCUGGAAGCAGGAGCGCGAGCAGCGGCGGAUGGCACAGCCCUGCGACUGUCUGGUGGUGCGAGUCACGCCCGACCUGGGCGAGAGGAUCGCCCUGAGCGGGGAGAAGGUCCUCAUAGAGGAGAUCUUCCCCGAGACCGGAGACGUUAUGUGCAACUCAGUCAACGCUGGCUGGAACCAGGACCCGACGCACGUCAUCCGCUUCCCUCUCAAUGGCUACUGCAGGCUCAACUCAGUCCAGGUUCUGGAGCGUCUCUUCCAGAAAGGCUUCAGCGUGGCGGCGUCAUGCGGCGGCGGUGUGGACUCAUCCCAGUUCAGCGAGUAUGUCUUGUGUCGCGAGGACCGGCGAAGUCUCUCCAUCAACACGCCCAUCAGGAUAAAACAGGAACCCCUGGACUAGAGCUGAGGGACUGUCGAGACCCUCCACUCCUUUAUACUCCCUCUGUCCUCUCACUCCACCCCCCCACCCCGUCCCGUCCCACCCCCACCCCCCUCCCCCUCCUUCCCGCCCAAACAGGACCACAACCACCAUCGACAUACCGAAGUAUUAGCGGAGGCUUCUUAUCCUCGCCGGCUCUGCAGAACUCGAAGGGGAAUGUAGUACCAAACAAAGGAGGAAAAAAAAAACACAUCAGCAGCAAAAGUUUUUGAUUAUGUUUAAUUAACCCCAAAGAAUCUGGGACUGUGAUGGAAGCAACAAUGACAAACGGACGCAGCAGCAGCAGCUCACAGUUUUACCAUACUGACUGAUUGACCUUUCCCCCUUUACCUCCGUAUGAAGAGGUUUCCCAAACCUUUCGGAGGGAGACAACUGCCCCCUUCUUGAACUGUGAUCCACUCCCCUCUGCCCCUCUUAGAGGCGGGGGUAACGUCCAAACCGUCGUGUGCGUGAGGCCAACAGCUACUCUGACUUGGUGACGAGCGUGGCCUGCUGUAGGACAAGGAAGCGUCGGCAGACAGGAUGUUUUUAAGGAUGACAGGAGGGGGACAUAAUCUAAUCCUGCGAGUCCCCGAAAAAGGCCCCAAACCAAACCCCACUGCCUCCCCGUGACCCUGCGACCCCUCACCCCACAGGCCUGGCUACAGAUGUCGGACGCAGCAUCGUUUGCCAAACUGAUUGUUUAUUACAGUUUUUCAUUGUUGUUUCGAAAGUAUGUUCUUCUUGCUCCUUUUGCUGUUCUUAUCAUGACAUGGUGUAAACAAUUAUUAUUAAUAGGAUUAUUUUUAAUGUCUCUUUUUUUUUUCUUUGCUCCAAUAUGAAGGAUGUAUGAACAUUGUAUUCAUUAGGCUUUGAGAGCUUGUGAGGGAGCGUUUCUUGGCAGUAGCUGCAGAAACUCAGAUGUCUGCAGGCUAUGUGGCUAAAGCGAUCUGACUGGCAAUGCAUUCAGAGCCUGAAAAAAAAAAAAAGAAAACCUCCAUUGUUCCAACGCGAAUGGAAGAAAACCUGGAUGUUUCAACAUUGUUUAUAGUCAAAUGUGUAGCACACAUGAAAAAAAAAAAAGUGCUCCAGAAUUACCGCUUAUCAAAAACAUAUCUAUGAUCGGAUUCUGUCACGCGAGCACAAAACCAUUAUUUUA